GUUUUAGGCAGUUGGCGCCAGCGAUAACCGCGCCUUACCUGUGCCAAUGCCAAUAAAAAGCUGCAAAAUCUGGCCUCGCGUUCCCGUUCACUUUUCCCCCAAGCUAUGACCAACAUCACAAUCGUAGAGGAAAGCCCCACAACAGCGGACGCGCGAGCGCUCAUCGACGAGCUAGAAGAGCAUCUCGCCUCCCUCUACCCCGCCGAAAAUCGCUAUGGCGCCAACGUCCACACCCUCGUAAAAGACGGCGUAAAGUUCUUCGUCAUUCGAGUCGACGAGCAAGCCGCAGGAUGCGUGGGACUCAAGAUAUUUCCCGACAACGAGUACGGCGAACUCAAGCGCAUGUACGUCCGGCCGGUCUACAGGGGUUUUGGGCUUGGGAAGAAACUGCUUGAACGAGUUUUCGAAGCUGCGAAGGAAAACGGUGUGCCGAUCGUACGUUGCGAGACGGGGACGCAGCAGACCGAGGCUAUUGGACUGUAUCAGCGAGCGGGAUUUUCUUACAGGGGACCGUUUGGACCUUAUUUGGAGAGCGAGGCUAAUGGUGGCGCUUUGGACUGCAAUGUGUUCUUAGAGAAGCCUUUGUAACCAUAGAUUCAACAUAGACUCGGAAAGUAGAGUUCCCAAGGAAGUCUGCUUGUAUGUAAUCUGGGAACAGAUAUCCAUCGGCGCUUCUCUCUUCCUUGCUCUGUGGUGGCAAAGGAUGGAUGGCAUGGACCCACGAUUGCAUGGAAUGAGCUACGAGACUGGCGAUGUGGCUUGGAUUGGACGUCUUCCCUGAAUAUUUCGCAUAUGGGGAGAAACACACAUCAAAUUGCAGAUUUCUUCAUGUUUCGCCACAAGCGGAACACAUCUCUCACAAGUCGCCCUGAAUCAAAGCGCACCAAGCGCUCUUAGGGCAGCAGGUGGGGUUACCUGUCACAUCCAUUGCAAAACGUGCUUGGCCU